AUGUUCGCGCUCGGCCAAAUCAUAUCCGUCCGUCUGAAGUCUCGGCCAAAGUUCAAACCGACCGGCCGAUCACGCAACACGACCCGGGAAACAUUGUCCCGCGGUCGGCCACGCACAACGCUCACGCCACGCCGCGCACGACCAGCCGCGCGAGCCGGGAACAAGCCUCGCGGCCGCGCAACCGUUCGCGUACCACGGCCGAUGCAUCCGUCCGAGCCGGGAAAGAACGUCCCGCGUCCGGCCGAGAACCAUCGGCCAAAUCUCAUCCGCCGACCACGCCGGCCGACCGUGAAUCCAUCCGGCCACGACCGUUCCGACUCGGCCACGACCCGAUGUCCGGCCGAUCGUCCCGACCGACCGUCCCAACGCCGCGGUCGACCCGAAGCCCGUUUUGAAGCCCAAUUUCAUAUUUUCAAGCCCGGCUUAACCCUAAGCCGCCUCAAAAGACCUAGCACUAUAUAUAUAGCUUUUUAG